CGGAAACAUAACACACUCGACUUAUCUUCGGUUGAGAUGAUGGAUCAGUCGACUACCUGUUGCGGUACGCAAAAGCCUCCUUAACUAAAUCUAAUCUGGAAUAUUAAUUCCUGUUUAAUUCCGUAUCAAUGAUGAGAUUGAAAUUUUUGGAUUGCUGAUCUUAGAAAAAAGAAACGAUUCGUGCUUUACAUGAUAAUGAUUUAUUAAAAUCGUGAGUUUUGUUUCAAUAAAACAAUAAUAGUUGGACUUUGAUGUUUUCAUCGAGCUUUUCUUUUAUAUAUUUUUGUGUUUUUCUUGGAAUAAUGUGAAGUGAAGAUAUCGAAGCCACUGCUCGAAGAAUUGAACUGCCAUCUAAAGAGCAAAGUAAUAAACAUUUGUCAAAAUCGUGAGCUAUUUGCUAAGCUACAUUAAUUUAAAAAUUUAGGUUAUUAAAAAUCGUCUGCUAUUUUAUCGUCAAAAAAGUUUUCAAAUUGUUCGUAUAACUCUUCGCAGUAGUUAUUAACAAUACUUUCAACAAGAAUUCGAUUUCAAGGAAGAAUUAUGAACUUGAUUAUAGACUAUUUGCCAUAUAUUUAUGUGCCUUUUACUUUGAAAUCUUAAGAAGAAUUUUAUAAUAUAUUACAAAAUGGCAAUGAGAAGUUGCAGCGGUUUUAGUGAUCUUCGGUCUGGAAGCAUCGUCAUUUGUCAUUAUGCCAUGGGUUUGUCUUUCGUGGCCCUCAUCAUCUUGGGCAGUCGUCUCCACCAGGUGGACAAGGAAGCUGGCUUCCUACAAGUCAUCCUCAAUACGUGGUUCAGGGAGAGUGUACCUCAUCCCCUUGCUGCUCCCUUGGCUAAUGAUUCACAAACCAGGGGGUCAGGGGCGGCGGCGCAAAGAGGGAGGGCGCCCCCUCCCAUGCUCUCUGAGAAGGCACAAAGGACUCUUCUUGCCUUCAGAGAGGACGUGCGAUAUUUUUACAGGGAAUUGGAUGCAGCCAGGAUGACUUUAAUUUUGAGUAUAGUGUUCGUAGGUAUCUUCAUUUUAAGCUGGUGGUGGAUGGCUUUUGCGAUUAAGCAAGCUCGAUCGGACGGUGGUGUUUCGCUAAGGACGGUUUUAUUACUGGCUGUCUUUGCAGCAGUGGACGUGGCUGCUAGCACGGGAUUCAUACUUUUACGAAUAAUCAUGUAUAUUCGUAAAGAUCAUUUAUUUCCACAAGAAAUGAGGAAGCCAAUACCAUCUUUAGAAUAUGACCAAUUAGCAGCCUUAGCAGCCCUACGUCUGUUCACUAUUCAGUCUAGUUGCGGUAGCAUUGAUAUUUUAGUCAUCAUAGUUGUAGGUUUCCUCACAGGGUUGAGGGUGUAUAGCGUUGUUUGUGUAUUUUCAUACUACAAAAAAGCCAAGAAUGGAAAUAUGGAUCUUUUCGGACAUAAGAAUGUUACGAAUGAGUCCGAUACUUCUUCUAGAAUCGAAAGAUUAAAAAUAAUGGAUGACUAUGGACCCAAGCCAUUAAUGGGGAAAUACUCUAAAAGAAACGGUUUCGGCUCCUUCCCUAACCGCAGUCGGGCGGGAUCUGUCACCGGCUCGAUAUACGAAGAAGAGCCUCCAGAAUUGAAAAUCCAGGCAGCUGACAUGCCCAUAGAGAUGCAGCGAUCUGCUGUCUUCAGUGCUACGCAAGCCCUAAAACUCUACAGCACCGAAAAACACAUAGCAGAGAGCAUCAAGCAGGACUUCGACCAGAUGUACCACCCCACCUGGCACUGCAUUGUGGGCAGGAACUGGGGAAGCUGUGUCACGCAUUCCAAACAGUGCUAUAUCAGGCUGGCCUACAAGGACCUUACCAUUCUUCUUUACAGGUCUACAUGAUAGUGAAUAUAUGUUUAGUUUAUUUAAUUGAUUUUUAGACAUGAUUUCGCGUAGUGACCCGAACCAGUUCUGGCGUAUUACUCCAACCUUGCCAAUUAAGAGAUUUGUUGAUUUUUUUAAAACUGGAAGUUUAUUAGCAAAGUUAUCAAUUAUGGUGAUUUGUUGAUUUUUUUUUUAAAUUGGAAGUUUAUCAGCAAAGUUAUCACUUAAUCUAUUGUUGAAUUUUUUAAAAAUAGAAGUUUAUCAGCAAAGUUAUUAAUUAACCUAUUUGUUGAUUUUUUUUCCUGUUUGAAGUCUAUUAGCAGGGUUUGAGUGGAGAUUAUAUGAUUUUAUGUUUAGAGAUAUUAUAUUUGGGAAAUAUAAAUUUCUGCAUCGAGUUGUAAAUUUGAUUUCUGUAAUAGGUGGUUUGAUUGUUUGUAUAAGUGUUUGAUUUAUCCAAUAGACAAUUCAGAAAUUAAAAAAAAAGAAUUAUUACCAUCUAUUAACUGUCUAAUUGUACCCUGCUUAUAUACACAGUUAUAUCCUUCCCUCCUCCCAUAUGCGAAUCAAAAUGUAUUUAUAUUGCUGAUUAACUAGUGAUGUCAGAAUCGCAGAAGGAUUAUGAUCUUGGAUUAUUGAAACAGCAGAUAAUAAUUGCUUUUAUGUUACUUGUGUGUUUUUGUGAUAUUUAAUUUAUUUAACUAACAUGAUGCACAAAAUGGAAAAAUGCGGAAAAAUUGAAAACCCCCCCGCAUAAAAUGGAAUAGCUGGUAUCUUUUGUUCGUGAUCCAUUAACUCAAUUUUAAGUGGCUUACUUGACUAUAGACAAUUAACUUAUUUGAUGGAUUGUGCGGGUGAUUCUUUCGUUGACUAUUUAACAAUUCUGGUAAAUUAAAUGCUAUUUUGAUAGGGUUUGAACUUUAAAUUUGUGAGUUAUCUGUCAUAUCAAGCUCUUCUGUUUAGUUUGUAAUAUGUUAAUUACAGUUGAACAUUUUAGAAGUGUUCCUCGUGAAGCAUUGUGUUCAAAACGAGCUUUAAAAUCCGAACAAUAGCUGGAACUUCAGCUGUCAAGGAACUUGGUUUCUUUGAAUGUUUUUUUAAAUGUGUAGAAUUAGAUGUGUUGUCAGUAUUUAUCUCGAAGAUUUCGUAGAGUCUGGUUUCCUCUGCGAUGUGUUCAUCAUCUUUGAAUGUUAUGUUAUUAUUUGGUGAAUUAUAAUAUGAGAUCAAAUGUGUCCGUGUUUUGCUACCUUUAUUUCAAAACAUUUUAUAAGUAAUUUUUUUAUUAUUUUUUAGUUUUAAAACACUUUUUGGAUUCUGUAGUACCCAAUUUAAUCUGAAAUGUAAAUAUUGAUUGGAAAUAUUGGUAACCGAUAUUGGUUGUAAAAUAUUAAUUGGGAAGUUGAAAAAUACAUUUCCAUCACUUAUAAAUUGUAAUAUAAUAUGGUGGUAAAAUAUAAAUUUAACAUUUUUGGAAACUCUUUGAUCAUUAUUUUGAGAAUAUAUUCUAAUAGUUAUUUCGUGUUUUAUAUUAUUGUUGCUUCAAAUCGC